AUGGAAUACAAACCACAACCCUCCACCACCCAUGUCCACGUCCAACCGCGGCUCAUCAUCCACGGCGGCGCCGGCAACAUCACCCCUGCCAGCCUAGGGCCAGAACUAUACGCAGCCUACCGCUCCUCCCUCCUAACCAUCGUCUCCAAAGCGCACACCUAUCUGACGACGCCUCAAUCCAACUCUGCGUCCAAGUCCUCAAAACUCCCAUCAUCCCUCGAAGCCGCCACCUACGCCGUCACUCUCCUCGAAAACAACGCGCUCUUCAACUCCGGCCACGGCGCCGUCUUCACCCGCGAUGGCAUCAACGAGCUCGAAGCUUCCGUGAUGGUCAGUCGCGGGCAGGCCAAGCGGGGCGUGGGCGUGACGGGGUUGCGCCACGUUCGGAACCCGAUUCUUUUGGCGAGAAAAGUUUUGGAGCAUGGGAGGGAUGAUCUGCUUGGUCUUGGCAAAAAUCUGGAUAACGAUGGGGAACCCGAUGUCCCCUCGGCGCAAGGCCAUACGCUGAUACACGGCCCGACGGCGGAAAAGUUGGCGAAGCAGUAUGGCUUGGAAAUGGUGAAGCCGAGCUACUUCUUUACGCAGAAGCGGUGGGAUGAACAUGUUCGGGCGUUGGAGAGAGAGAAGGAGCAAAAACAAGAAGGCCUUGAUAAUGCUGGUGUUUCGGCCACUUGGAGCAUGGACGAGUAUCUCCCGCAGGGUACGGUCGGUGCAGUCGCACUGGAUGAGGAAGGCGUGAUUUGCGUGGCGACGAGCACGGGCGGCAUGACCAAUAAGUUGACGGGCAGGAUUGGUGAUACACCUGUUGUCGGCGCUGGGUUCUGGGCUGAGGAGUGGACGGAGGCGGGCGAUCCGACUUCUCCCCACAAGAAUGGGUCACGAAAUCCAUUGUAUAGUCCGGGACCGACGGUGGUUCUGUCGGAUGCGCUGAAGGGCCUGAUUGCAGAUUGUCUGCCUUCGCCGUUUUUGUAUACCCCUGCCCAUCCAGGCUCGUCUGGCCAGUUGACCACUACCCGGUCUAUUGGCGUUUCUGGAACAGGCAAUGGUGAUUCGUAUCUUCGCAUUGCUGCUGCGAGAACUGUCGGCGCCAUUGCCCGAUAUUCUACCCUUCCUUCAGCCGUGGCCCUGACCAAAGUUGCUGGGCCGUCUGGAGAGCUUCAGAAGAGCGCCGAGGGUCGAUGGGGUAAGACUGGCGAAGGCGAAGGUGGCAUUAUCGGACUGGAAUCGGUGGUCGUUCGGGACGCAAAUGGUAAUGUCGUCGAGACUCGGUCUGAGAUCCUUCAGGACUAUAACUGCGGUGGCAUGUUUCGGGCUUGGAUAGAUGAGGAAGGCGUCGCAUAUGCUCGUAUCUUUCGCAAGGAUCAGGAUAUCCCAAGUUCGUAUAUCGGCGAAGAUAAACCUGAAGAUCCGCGGGUAUGGAGUGGAGAAAAGAUCUGGAGAGACUGGUUAGAUGGUUCCCCUUUGCCUUGA